AUGAGAGUUGGGACCAAUGGAAAAACACAAGGGAAAGAUUUAUUGACAUCAUGGAAAAGUGAUAAUGAUCCAACACCUGGAGAUUUUGUAGUUGGGCUUUCGGGAGAGCAGCCACCACAGGCUUUCACAUGGCGUGGUUCAAAACCGUAUUGGAGAAGUGGGCCAUGGGAUGGAGGGAAGUUUAUAGGGAUACCAGAGCAAGAGUCUGGGUACUCGAAUCUAAUGACUCUCAUGCCUGAGAACUCACAAGGAGGAGCAUACAUCAGCAUUAACAUUCAUAACUCAUCUGAUAUCAGAUGGCUUUAUUUAAGACAUGAUGGUGUGUCACAGUUGAAUUACUUGGAUGAUGUUCGUAAUAUAUGGGAUUUAAGGUGGGAAGCACCUGCGAAUCCUUGUGAUGUUUAUGGAGUUUGUGGUGUUUUUUCAAUUUGUACAAACAAGACUCUUAUUUGUGAGUGCUUAAAAGGGUUUGUACCACAGUCAAAAGAUGAAUGGAGUAUAAGUAAUUGGACAAGGGGUUGUGUGAGAGGAAAUGAACUUUUGUGUGAGAAGAAUGAAAGUAGUUUGGCUUCUGGAAAGAGUAAACCGGAUAAGUUUCAGGUGGUAAGUGGGAUCAAGCUCCCAGAUUAUUAUCAAUACUUUCCUUACAUGGAUAUGGAUGAUUGCAAGAGCUUGUGCUUGGGUAACUGCUCUUGUAAGGCGUAUGCCUUUGUGGAAGGUAUAAACUGCAUGAUUUGGGAACAAGACCUUAUCGAUAUCGAGCAGUUUUCAUUUGGUGGGGAGAAUCUUUUCUUGCGCCUUGCCUAUGAGGAAUCAGGUGAAGAAACAAAAGGAGCAGCAGUAGCAGUUGUCAUCAGUAUCUCAGUAAUAGGUGGUGUACUUGCCUUAGGUGGUUUCAUAUUUUGUUUAUACAAGUGGAAAAAAUAUAAAAAGGGAAAGAAAACAAAGUUGAAUCACUUCAGAGGAUUCGCUGCAGUUUAUAAGGGAAUGUUAGAUGAUGGACAGCAGAUAGCAGUGAAAAGGCUGUCAGGGAAAGAAAGAUUAUUGAUUUAUGAGUACAUGAUAAACAAAAGCUUGGACACCUUUCUAUUUGAUCCAAAGAAACGUAUGCAACUUGAUUGGGCGACUCGUUUCAACAUCAUUCAGGGAAUUGGUCGUGGACUUAUUUAUCUCCAUCGGGAUUCUAGUUUAAGGAUCAUACACAGGGAUUUGAAAUGUAGCAAUAUUCUACUAGAUGACAAAAUGAAUCCCAAGAUAUCAGACUUUGGAUUGGCACGUACUUUUCAAAUGACACAAGAGCUCGCGAAUACUCGCAGGAUUGUUGGAACAUAUGGCUAUAUGUCUCCUGAAUACGCCAUGAGAGGAGAAUACCGAAUUCAUACAUCACUAACAAAUCUAUCCACUCGGACACGCAUGGAAGUCAUGGAAUGA